AUGACAUGCGAACGCUCGGACACCGAGCGCGAUUCUCCAUCUCGAAUAGACGAUUAUCCUGUUAUCAACGGUUACUAUGAAAUUGACCCAUUGUCGUAUUGUCAUCGAAUUGGAUUAUAUAAAAUGCUGAUAUUAGAAUCUACAGAAUAUAUGCCAUUUGCUCGAGAUAUUAGUGAAAAUAUCUUGUUCGGUCUGGCUGCUCAGCAUAGUUGGCAAUACGAGACGUUCAGAUUAAGUGAUCUGACAAAUCGCACAACGUGUGGUGGAAAUAGCUCUACUGGUGCACUUUGUACAACGAAUCGAACAUGUAUAUCACCAAACAGUUGGUGGGCAACAAUGAACUACUAUCUGUCUGUUAUACCCUUUCUAGCAGCUGUCAAUGCUAGUGUUAUCAAAGUUAACUUCACAAUUCCGUUCAAAAUUAAACGAAUCGAUAAUUUUUGUACUACGUACGCCGAGUGCAUUCAACAAACACCGAAUGCUAUCGAGAAAUGGACAUCGUUCUUCUCGAACAUAUCAACUGUCAAUUACUGUGAACAACGCAAGCUAAUUGUAACUACUGAUGACCCACCCGAAUAUGUUGAUCAGUGUUACUUGCGCUUAAUGUGGAACGCACACAUUGCAUCGAUAGACGACGGACUUCCAUUAGCUGAAAAAAAAUUAUCGUACAUGUCACCAGUUGAACAACAUUUUGGCAUCAUGUGGGCACAUUUGGUUUACUUUAUUGCCUAUGCUCGUCUUGAUACAAAUUUGAAUGUAACAUUAGAAUUACAAAUACCCGACUUACCAAAUCGUCUGUUGAAUGCUAAUGAUAAUCCUCCUCAUAUUGAUGAUCAAUCCAAAUCAUGCAAUGAUUUUCUUCAUCUAAUAUUCUCAGUCGAUUACAAGUACAUUCCGGAAUUUCAGAAUAUUUGGAAAAGUGUAACAUGCAAUUAUAGAGCAAGAAUACAUGCUCGAAAAGUGAUAGAAACGUUGCUGGUUUCAAAAAUAUUUGCGUUUGCUGAAUUUACGGAAGCUGAAGCAGCUGCCAAACUAUAUCCGUGUGAUUAA